UUAUAGCAAAAUAAGAAAAAUGGCCGUGAAGAUCUCAACCAUAUCAGCACUGGUCGUCUUUCUUGCUCUGCUUAGCUUAAGCCAUUUUAGUCAUGGCGAACUUCAGCUCGGAUUUUACAAUAAAACUUGCCCAGACGUGGAGAAGAUCGUAUUUGGAGUUGUUCAAGAUGCAUUCAGGACGAACUCAAGACUUGCACCCCUAAUGAUUCGCCUCUAUUUUCACGAUUGUUUUAGCAACGGAUGUGAUGCAUCACUUCUUCUAGAUAGUACUACCAGUGAGAAAACGGCGGGGCCAAAUCUAAGUGUAGAUGGGUAUGCUCUGAUAGAUGCCAUCAAAGAUGAGCUCGAAAUCAAAUGUGCCGGGUUCAUAUCUUGUGCUGACAUCAUAGCUCUCGCUACUAGAGAUCUUGUGAAUCUUGCAAGCGGAGGAAAAGCAAGAUAUGAGAUACCAACGGGACGAUUUGAUGGUAGGGAGUCUUUGGCAUCAUCAGUAAAUUUGCCGGGUCCUCAAAUGAGUGUCUCGGACACCGUUGAGAUGUUUGAAAAAAGAAACCUUGACCUUACCGAUAUGGUUCUACUUCUUGGUGGACAUACAAUUGGAAAAACGCAUUGUUCAUUCAUUAAGGACCGGCUGUAUAAUUUUGAGAAUACACAAGGACCUGAUCCAGCUAUGGAUCCUAAAUUGGUCAAAGAGUUAAAGCGUGAAUGUCCUGAAAAUUCAAAACAAAAUAAAGCCAUUAAUCUGGAUCAAAAUGUUUCUAGCUCGAAUAUUGUCGAUGCAUCUUUCUACAAGCAGAUCAAAUCUGGCCGAGGAAUUCUUCAAAUCGAUGACCAACUCGCCACCGAUGAAAUGACGGAACAGAUAGUAACGGAUUUAGCCGAGGGUGACGAUUUCUUGGCUAGGUUUGGUCAGGCGAUGGUGAAAUUGGGGUCGUUUGGAGUUAAAAAUAAGGACGCUGGCGAGAUCAGAAAAUCGUGUCGUUCUUGCAAGAAUCGGUUUUGCACGGCAUAAAUCUUCUGUCGUUUUUAUUAUGUUUUGACAUUUUCGUUUUU